AGGGGGUCCAAACGUCUGAUUUUCAGACGUUAAUUUAAUACAACACAAAAACAACCGUGUGGGACUUUGUAGCGUUGUCCAUGUUUUUUUGUUGUGGGUAUGGAGACAGUUUACGGGGUUGAAAUGGUUAUUUUGAAAGCUGAAGAGAAGAUUUGAAAAUUUUGUUUGUUUUCCUUUUUUUUUUUCUUCCUCCACCGGCUUGGCGGCGUUGGGCUGAUUUCGCCCCCCCGGGGAGAAGGCAGAGAGCCGCCUUUUACGGGAAAACCAAAUAGUGUCUUUGAAGAGAAAAAAGGGACUCUCUAGUUUGAUCAUGACAACGAGAAAAGCCGGCAGCGCGUCGGACACGGUGACCACGUCCACCUCCAACAACACCACCACCACCUCCACCCACCAGUCGAGGAGCGGGAGUCCCACCGGCGGCGUCCAGGCGUCCGAGGCGGCGGGCGGAGGGGCGGAGAUGUUCGGGGAAUUUCAGGACUGGUGCCUGCGGACUUACGGGGACUCCGGCAAGACCAAGACCGUCACCCGGCGUAAAUACCACAAAAUCCUCCAGACCCUGAUCCAGGGGGACGAGGAGAACGGCAGCGGCAACAACAGCAUCAACAACGGGGGGUUCGCGCACGAGAAAAGCAACAACCACAUCAACGCCAAAUUCAAAUUCUGGGUCAAGUCCAAGGGCUUCCAGGUCGGGACGCUGCAGGACAGCAGGAACGGGCCGUCGGACAGGCCGGUGCUGUACGUGCCCAUCAAGGCGACGUGUGUGGAUGGAGUCUCAGGGGUGGACACGUCCCUGAAGCGCGUGGCGGUGGUGGAGGAUUUCUUCGACAUCAUCUAUGCCAUGCAUGUGGAGAUCAGCACCGACCCCAGCAAAGCCCCCAAACACGCCGGCCAGAAGAAGACCUACAAAGCUAUAGCCGAGACGUACGCCUUCCUGCCCAGGGAGGCAGUGACUCGUUUCCUGAUGAGCUGUGGAGAGUGUCAGAAGAGGAUGCACAUUAGCACCACAGGACAGGACUACAAAGAGAACGACAGGCCGAGCUCUCUGGUGUUGGAGGUGAUCGACUACAACAUGCCCCUCACCACCACCUACAUGAAGCACAUGAAGCUGCAGUGCAUGGGCAACAAUAAGGAUGACGGUUCACUGAGCAGCGAGGAGGAGGCAGAGAUGAGCGAGCCCACAUGGCUAGCAGCUGAUUUGGGAGCAGCGUCCGACCUGAGCCCGCCGAGCCGAGGAGAGAGGAUGCGCCACAGUCCCCAGAACACACACAGCAAGGAGGACGACGAGGAUUCCUCGUCGGAGAGCGGCAGUGGAAAUGGCCUGCCCACCCUGACUCCUCCCUCUUCCGCUGUAACGGAUGGCCCCAUGGCAGGGGAAGCAGAGGUCAUCAACGGGAACGGCGGCCCAGCCCCGCUGGACUUCAGCACGCCCACAUCCUCCUCCUCCUCUUCCGAGGACCAGCAGCCAAUGAACCUUAGCGAGCCUCCCCCUCAGCGCCUACCCCUGUCCACAUCACAUCUGCCUGUCACUGUGUCGGCCGCGGCCGCGGCGCUGCUCGGAGCUCUGCAUCCCAGCGCGCCCGAGGAGCUCCGCAGGAAGUACCCGCUGGCCGCCAAACCUCCCCUGGCUCCGCACCCUGCCCUGCCCCUGCCCCUGCCGCACACACACAACGCACACACUCCCAUCACACACUCCCAGUCCCACACGCACGCUGUCGAGCUGCGAUUGGACAGAGAGGCCAGGGACUACGGGGGCAAGUCCCCCCAAUAUAGUUCGGGCGGCAGUUAUGACAGCGUAAAGAUGGACUUGGGUGCCGAGGACCUGACCACAGGGCGCCAAGGGGCCCCUGAUGAUGAUGACGAUGACCACGAUGACCACGACGACAACGACAAGAUCAACGACACAGAGGGAGUCGACCCAGAGAGACUAAAGGCCUUUAACAUGUUUGUGCGUCUGUUUGUGGAUGAGAACUUGGAUCGGAUGGUUCCCAUAUCCAAACAGCCCAAGGAAAAGAUCCAGGCCAUCAUCGAGUCCUGCAGCAGACAGUUCCCAGAAUUCCAGGAACGCGCCCGCAAGCGCAUCCGCACCUACCUCAAAUCCUGCCGACGCAUGAAAAAGAGCGGCAUGGAGACCCGUCCUACUCCACCUCACUUAACCUCAGCCAUGGCUGAGAACAUCCUGGCCGCCGCCUGCGAGAGCGAAUCACGCAACGCCGCAAAGAGGAUGCGCCUUGAUGUCUAUCAUGAUGAGCAGAUCUCUCUGGACAAGCCGUCCAGUGGCGGAGGGGGCCUGAGGGAGCCGGCAUCCUUGGCUCACUCUGCAUACUCCUUGGCUGCAUCUGCCUUCGCCUCCCAGGACUCCCAGCUCUACAUCAACGGAGCUGGCCUUAGCUACGGUUACCGUGGAUUCCCAGGCCUGGGCGCUCCCAUGCAACAUCCCGUUUCCCUGACAACCGGCGCCGCUGGUCAGAGCAACGGCCCAACAGACCUCAGCAUGAAAUCUGUGCCCUCUGCCAACAUCAGUAACUCCACCUCCUCAGCCUCCACCAACAACAGCCUGGGCGGGCGGGGCAGCGGGGGCGGUGGAGGGGGCGGGGCGUCAACCCAGCUGAGCCAACCGGAGAUCACGGCUGUGCGUCAGCUGAUUGCUGGCUACAGGGAGUCGGCCGCCUUCCUAUUACGCUCUGCAGACGAGUUGGAGAACCUCAUCCUGCAGCAGAACUGAUUCAGGGGAAACGUGGGGGAACACAGACACACACAAACAAACACACACACCCAUUUCCCAUUUGGUUUGUUUUGUGUUGCGUCCUCGUCUCUUCUUAAGGAAGCGUAACACCAGACCUCUAGUUUUUGCUGUUCCCUCCUUCGGAAACUGUGGCCACAAUUUUUUAUUUUCUAGAGGAAUAAAGUGGGAAACUGGAAUCGAAGGAGGGAGACCAAUCUCCCACAACCUCAGUCCGCUGGUUCCAUUCAUUCUGCCUGAGGAAGGAAAACUAUUUGGAUAAAAAGGAGCAUAUCGUCUGUGAAGGAAUCUCUUCCCCCUCCUCUCUGAAAGCGCGUCACAAUCAGCACUGUGAGCAAAAGAGUGUGGAGAAGAACAAGAGAGGAGGAGGAGAAAAGACGAGUGCAGCUUUAACAAAGCUGCCAGGUUGUUGAUUCUGCUGCUGUGGUUUGAGAAGUUUGUCUCGUGGAAGGAGAGAUGUCAUUUUGUCGUGUCGAUCAUAACAAUUUAAAGAAUAAUAAAUAUUGACUCCCUGAAUUAGUACUACUGACGCUUAUUGUUAUAUCACAAGUGUUUUUGAUUCUAUUGACGUUUUCUUUCUCUUUUUUUGGAGUCCAGUGAGCAUUUUUAAGUUUGUUGUUUUUUUACUUUUCCCCAGUGGCUGAAAGAAAGCAAAGUGGUUUGACUUAACCUAUCUUAACAGAUAGCACUAAAUACAGAAAAUAAGAGCAGCGGGGCGACAGGAUGGAAACUGGAAUUGAAAAAAAAAAGUUGAUUCUCUGUUUAAAAAAAAAAAAAAAAAGGAGAGAAACCUUUUGUGUUUGCUUGUAUAUAAGCUCCCUUUGUCCUUUAGCACUUUUUCCUCACCUGAAACCUCACCCUAAAUCCCCCAUCCUCCUCACCCCUUUCACCCAGGGAGCAACUUGCUACUUAUGCAUCCAAGACGCCACGUGGACCAGGAAAUACCUCAGAUCAGACCUGCCAAUUCCAUUUUCAGUUCCUCACACACACACACACUCCAAAUGAAAGAACAUUCCCACCAGAAGCCAGUAUACUUCUACUUUACUGUCUUCAAGGAUUCUAUCUUUUGGGGCGAGAAUCAAACUAUAUUGCUCAAAGACCCGCAAUAUCAAAAAACGAUGGAACUCGAGAACUGAUGUAAAGAAACACUGAAAUCUUUAAACUCUUAUUAUUUUCAUCCGUGCAGGUUCAUUCGUGUGCUGCUGUAAAUAAUCAGUUCAUCUUGAAGACUUGAGAAGAGUCAGAGUGGACAGGAGUGUGUUACUCCAGGAGGUGACUUUGUCCUUAAAGGGGAGGGGUUUUCUUAAAUGUAAAGUGGGUUAAAUGUUGACCACUGGUGGCAGUUUGACCUCCAGCUUCUACUUUUUUUUUCUUUUUUUUUCUUCUUACAAAUGUAGAACGCCAAUGAAACCUCAGCAUCAUUCUGUUAAAAACCCUCAUCUCCCCCUCUUCUUCUUCUCUCCAUUGGACCUACUCUUCACCUCUCCUUUGUGGACCUAUCACUCCCCUCCCUGGUCUGCUCCAGGCUUCAGAGGGAGAGGAGAAUUGCUUUGUCUUACUGUGUUUGUUUGUUAAACUUGGAAAUGGCCAUUGUUAUUAUUAUUAUUAUUGUUAUUAUGAUUAUAAAGAUGAACUUUCAUGUUGCUGCUGCUAUACAAAAACCGGACCUUCUGCCAUAGACCUGAAACCUCAACAAAGCCGGGCGUUAGCUAGCCGCAGUGCCCCACGGGAACCCGACCGACCUCCGGCGACCUUGACUGCAACUCCAUCACAACAAAGCAAAAACCAUACAAAGACUUUAGGUGGACUUUGUGAAAACCCUCCCACCGGCAUCCGCUCAUCGUCCUGUGUCUCUCAGACUGGUUGGUUUCUUUGCUUUUGCUUCCUAGGGCUUGAUUUGUCUUGUUUUGUGACUUUCUAACUGUGAAAAGUUUUAGUUAUUUUUUUCCUCCCCAUAUUUUCUCCCUGUGGAGGAAACAGGGAGGGAUUUAUUAGUGGAGCCUUGCACCUCCACUCUGGUACUCUAUACUCGGCCAACAAUUACACACCGCUCAACAGACAAACUGGUCCAGUUGGUAAAACCGGCUUGUUUUAUGAUGAAUCAUUAUUUGAUUCUGAUGGAAAGAGAGAUGACACUGAAUUUCUUCAUAUACCUUUUAAAAGACAAAUUAAAUCCUUCAUCUAAUGGCUUUCAGCUCUGUUGAAGAGCCUUAUUACGGUUGUUUUUGUUGAACAUUGCUGAACAUUAUAUUCUAUGAUAUUCCAGUAAACCUUUUGACCUGUGUUAAAGAAAUAGUUUUCAUUUUUGGAAAAACCUUCUUAUUAGCCGACUUGUCCGAGAGUUAGACGAGACAAUGAUACCACCCGUCCAACGUGAAUGCAACCUGUUAAGCUUGAGGCAGGAGUGGAUUCAUUUAGCUUAUUAUAACAAGUGGAAAUGGGAGAGAAACGGCUGCCCUGUCUCUGCACAAGUAUUUUGAAAUUCCAACUACUGGCGCCCUUGAGCUUAAUGAUGAACACCUUAUUUCCAUAGCUCUAUAAUUCAAACAAAGAACACAAUUUACAGUUUUUUGCAGGACAAUUCUUUAGCUCUGACUUGGAGGUUGUUAAAGCUCAUGACCUCCCGUAAUUUUUCACUUUAAAGUUCAUGUUUAAUGAUUUUGUUGCAUUGGUACACGGCCAGCCAAGCGGUUUCUCCAUGUUUCCUGUCUGUAUGCUAAGCUAUGCUAAUCGUCUAACUUUAGAUUUUGUUUUGUUUUGUCUUGGUACAGUCGCUAACAAAACGCAUCUCGUAUGUUUCCCUUAUUGGACAGAACCAGAUGAGAAAAUUAACAAAGAUACAAACGUGACUUGGAAAGCAUCACCUUGUGAAUUGUGCUUCUACUGCGGUUUCUUCUCGCUUCAACUGUCUUGUCCCCGAGAUUUGCUCGUGUGUUUUGCACACUGAGUAAAGUCGUUGUGAUGUGAAGCGGGUGGCGGUGCUCUGUGCAUGUUUGCCUCCUACCCCCCCGAGUCAGACGAGAGCCGUGACAGCGAUGUGGUGUCGUGUUAUGUUGCAAUGCAGUUGAUAAUCGUAGCGUUCACUGGCUCUGCCCACGGCGACGGCCAGAUGAUCAAAUCUGAAUCCUGUGCGCUGGAUGACGGGCGCCGUUGGCUACAGAGAGUAAAACCCCUGAAAGCCUUUCACUCACGCGAGACCUCCACCCAAACUUUAAAUGAUUAAUGUCUGCUUGCUUACAAUGUCGGAAAUAUAGUCAAAAUAGAGGAUUCACUGUGGUACAAUUUGGUUCAAUUUUUUUCCUCAAUUUCUUUGUGUCUUUAUUUACAUGAUUAGUGGAGGGUAGGUUAAGCAGUAGGUUGAGCAUGUAGUUUGAGUCAACCCCCAACACGACACCGUGUUGUUGACGCCAGCGUCCCGUCCUUCCUGAUUCAUCCUGAUUCAUCCUUUUGUUUCUCUCCGAUACCGAAAGUGUUUUGGGUCUCGUUUCUCAUCGUGGUGAUUCUUUGGGUUAGUUGGAUUCUCCAGACGUGCGCAGUUGGACUCAGAAAUAACUUAGCAAAGAGAAGUUGAUCCACAUCGCAUACAGUAAACUGUCAUUGCAUCAUUCUGAUUGCGUCACAUGUUAUUGCCCAGUAUCGUUCAUCUUUUAAGAUGGAGGCUGAUAGCAGCUGCACAAAAACAAUUCUUAAACCCUUACACAAAAUAUAUUUUAUUCAAUACUUAUUUAUCUUUUGGUCUGUUUUAAUUUGCUCUCAUCUGAAGUGAAGUGUCCUAGAGUUUCUCAACCAGUGAAUAAAUCUUCUUGGUUUGGAAACGUUGAAUAAUCAUCAGUUGUUUUGUCAAAGCUCUGUCUGCAAGUUUUAAUGCCAACAGCCUCUUGAUUCUGAAAACCUUGAUGCUCAAAAAAUGUGUUCUUUGGAAGAAAAGGCAAAUCCUUCCGUCAGAACAACAGCCAUAAGUUACCAUAACCAAUAGGUUGCAAAUGUAUGAACAGGCCACAGAUUCCUAAAGUUGCUUUCAGUGAUGACUACUUUUUCACAUAUACUCAAAAAAAGGGCGACAAACGGCUAAAUGUGCACCCCAAAAUAAAUUUGUACUAGUUGCAUAUAACGCUGAACGUGCUUAAGUACGUUAACUCGCGUGCACGGAGGCAUCUGUUUUAGAGACGAAAGCCAAGCAGGCUGUUUGACUGCGGGUGAACGGUUUGACUUACCCGUCAAUAUCGCAAACAAAUGUGCCAAUUGAUUCUGCUUGCAAACAACUAGAUGGUCUUCAUUGUUGGAGGAAAGGUCAUUUGAUUCUGUGUCGUCUCUCUUUCGUGAAUAAUACGAGUACUGAAUGCUGUGUAUCAACGAAGAAGUCAAAAGCAACCCAGACAUUUCUACCAAACACAACUGGACCUCUGAGAUUGUCCCAAAAAAAAAAAAAAAAGGCAAAUUGUCCGAGUUGAAAUCUGGGUCAGGUUGCAGCGAGCGCUGCUUCACUGACUGCGUAUUUGGAGUGAUAAUCGUGCACUUGGGACGUUUACCUAGUUGGCUCUUGAGUGUCAAAGUUCAAAGUUCUCCAUCAGCUUCAGAAAUUACAUUCUUAGGGUCUUCUACCAGUUUACUUCAAAGCCAGACCGCUGCAGAACGGCGCCACAAACAAACUGUACAAAAUGUUCAAAAAGGCAAAUGACAAUCUUUAGAAUGGUGUAAUUUGCUCACUGUGUGACUUCCAUUCCCUCCGUCAGUCUGCUGAGUCCAGCGGGUCAGACCGGUGGAUUCACCGCUAACCGUAAUCAGAGCAUUCAUCCUCCAGAUCUCCACUCGCUGUUAAUGUCCCCCACAUUGCUAUUUUUCAGUAUUACACAAUUAUUCAUAUUAUUAUUAUUAUUAAUAUUAUGUUCUGAUUCUUCUCAAUAUUAUUUUAAACAUAUAAUUUGUAGUGCAAGUAACGUGGUCUUCUAUUAAGAGAUGGUGUACACUAUUCCAACAACUUCCCCUCUGCCUAUACUGCACAUUCCAAACAUGGAUGUCAACCCACAAAGGACCUGAUCGCCAUCACCACAAUCAUAUCAGCAACCCUUUGACCUUUACUGUCCCUGGAGGAUUAUGUAUGUACACACCGGUCGGAUCGGAUUCAGCAGUAGCUGAAUUUUGGAGUCUAAUUUCCUUUUUCGAAGAAAGCAAAUGAGCUCAUUUAAUGAGAACGUCAAGCGUUUCUCUUAAAACAAAUAUACCCUCUGUAUUCUCUAGGGUAGCAACAUAUUUUAUCAAGUUUCCGAUCAACUAUUUGUGGCUCAUAAUUUCAGACAAAUUCUGAUGCAGCAGACUUUUUAAAGCCAUUACGAGACUGAAAGUGCUGCAGCCAAGGUUCACGAUUCAAACGUGGAUCCUAAGAGCUGUGAUGCCGGUCAGGUCCCUAAAGGUCACGCAGGUCUGAGCCGGUCAGGUCACAUAGCUCAACACACACAUGUUUAAAAGAGUCCUCCAGAUGAAAGGAGGAAAACUAAUGGACCUAAUUUUUAUUUUUCUAUCAGGGCAGGUAGUACAGCACCUGUCAAAUUAAAAAAACAUGUUUGUGUGUGUUUCACUGUUUUUUCUCAGUUCCCUCUCAGUGGUGCUUUAGACUUCUUAAUUUUCUAAUUUUGAAAUGAUAUUUGAUUCUUUUCUUUUGUCUUUCUGUCUUCUACCUGACUUUGUACUGGACUCUUGAUUGUCUUGAUUUCCUCUGCCGGGGCUUUGUACCUCCAAUAAUACCAAUGUGAAACCUGUAUUUUCCUCUUUCCUCAUGAUUUGACUCAGUGGAAGUGUGAUGUUUACAUGUACAGAUUUUUGUGAAUCUUUCUAAUUUUGUUUCCUCUCAUGUCUCUAUUUAUUAAUCUGACUCCUUCCUUACACGCUGAAGGGAAAUGGGACUGCGUCUAAACUCAAUUAUCACCAUUUAACACACAAGCCAAUCUCAUGUGAGGAAACGUAGACAUUUUGGAUUUCAGUCAUCACCUUUCUUCACCAGCCCCCUGCUUACAUCUUUUGUUUUUUGGCAUCCUUUUAGAAAUGCCUUGUCAGCAUUCUCUUAGCAUUUGUGCUAAAGUUGCACAUAUGUUUAAUUUACAAAUGCAACGCUAGUUUUUGUGUGAUCAGUUCGCUGAGUGACAACAGUGGAGAAUUUUUUCUGUGUUAUGGUGAAGAAAUGUCACACCACUGAAAUUGGAACGUAAGCUUCAGUGAGAAACUGAUUGUUUGGGGCGGCGAGGGGCCGAGGGGGGCAAGUCGAGCCUCCACUGGUGUGACCAGGAUCCGCAGGGGAUGAUUCCUCAGUGAAUGAUAAGCCAUUACAGACCCGGUGUGUCGGGUCUCUUAGUCUAUUAGUGUAUUUAGCAAAACUUUAAACUGCAGAAGACAAGACUCAACCUCAGGAAGAAUUUUAAAAAAGGACAUUGCUUUUGUAAAAACUCGUCUGACUGAAGGCCCAUUUCCCUCUCUCUCUUUGAUACCAUAUAAAUUAUAUCAAAAGUUCUUUUUUUAUAUUUAUUGUGUUUAUUAUUAUAUAUAACGGUGGAUACUUUUUUUCCAGUACCUGUGGCUAAAUAUUUUGAUUUUUUAGAAAAGUGUUGAUAAUAUAUGUGAAGCAACUUAAACGAUGGCAGAAUAAAUAGAUAAAAAGAAGGGGUUUUUAUUUUUAUUUGUUGACUGUUUGAGCGGUACAGACAUUUUUGUUUAGCACAACGAGAACAUAUCACUCUGGUCCAUGACAAAGAAAUCAAUGAUCCAAGAACUGAGCUUUCUUUUGUGUGAUGUCCCUGCUAAGGCUGAAAUGUUUCUGGACUUCAAAAAAAUUGUGACCGUUUAUUUUUUGUUUUUGUUUUUCCUCCCGAGCUGUAUGUCACAAAGCUAAAUAUACUAAUAAAACGGUGUGCUAUCUA